UGGCCACAGGGAUCUGCCGCUCCGAUGAACAUGUGAUCAGUGGCGCUUUUGCGAUGCCUUUGCCAAUGGUGCUGGGCCAUGAAGCCGCUGGGGUUGUGGAGAGUGUUGGAGAAGGAGUAACUUGUGUGAAACCGGGAGAUAAAGUAAUUCCACUUUUUGUUCCACAGUGUGGAAAAUGCAGAGCUUGUGAGAGUUCCAAAGGCAACUUGUGUUCUUCAAAUGACCUUAAUUCAGGCAGUGGCUUAAUGCCAGAUGGCACCAGUCGAUUCACAUGCAAAGGAAAGAGUCUCCAUCAUUUCAUUAGCACCAGCACCUUCACCGAAUACACUGUGGUACAUGAGAAUUCAGUGGUCAAAAUUGAUCCUUCGGCCCCCGUGGAAAAAGUUUGUUUGAUUGGCUGUGGGUUUUCGACUGGUUAUGGGGCAGCCGUAAAGACAGCUAAGGUAGAGCCUGGCACUGUCUGUGCUGUUUUUGGCUUGGGUGGAGUUGGUCUCUCGGUGGUCAUGGGCUGUAAAGCAGCUGGAGCUUCCCGAAUCAUUGGAGUUGACAUCAACAAGGAUAAAUUUGCUAAGGCUAAAGAAAUGGGAGCCACUGAAUGUAUCAACCCCCUGGAUUUCAAGAAGCCCGUCAAUGAAGUGCUCUUUGACUUGACUGGGGGUAAAGGAGUAGACUAUUCUUUUGAAGUCAUUGGACGCACUGAAACCAUGAUAUCUGCCUUCGCUUCCUGCCAUCAGAAUUUGGGGACCAGCGUCGUUGUGGGGGUUCCCCCAAAUGCAUCUAUGAUCACUUUUAAUCCACUGAUGCUUUUCACUGGCCGCACCUGGAAAGGAUGUGUCUUUGGAGGGUGGAAGAGCAAAGAUGCUGUCCCCAAGUUGGUUUCAGAUUUCAUGCAGAAGAAAUUCGUUUUGGAUCCAUUGAUCACUCAUACCAUGCCUUUUGAGAAAAUCAAUGAAGGGCUGGAUCUGCUCCGGGCAGGAAAAAGCAUCCGGACUGUCUUAACAUUUUAAAUUGCUGAGGCGAAGAAAACCAAUUACAGAAUAUUUUCUUAAAUUGCUGAUGUACCCUAUCUGCAAUUUUUAUAAUGACAACAUGUGCUGUUAUUUUGUCCUUUGACUUUAUCUUCGUGGACCAAAUGGAUGUGGAAGAAACUCAUUUUAGGGUGUUAUGAGUACAAUGUUUAAAAACAUAUAUUCCUAUUUGGCUAACUAGAUUACUUUCCCCGGGUGUAGAAAUACUGCUGUCUUAUUUUCUAAUCAUGGAUCUCUCUGUCCUCUAAAUAAAUCAAUGCUGGUUUUAGAUCUU